AUGGCUGAGAGCAUCUCGCCGCCUGCCUUGGCUGCAGCCCUGGUCACUGAGCCCAGCAUCACCGAGCAGCCGGGGCCCCAGAGCCCCCCUCCCUCUCCUCCGGACCCAGAGGAGCCCCUAGACGGUGUGGAUCCCGACGUCCCGCACCCUGACCUCGCUCCGGUUGCCUUCUUCUGCCUACGCCAGACCACCAGCCCCCGGAACUGGUGCAUCAAGAUGGUCUGUAAUCCAUGGUUUGAGUGCAUCAGCAUGCUGGUCAUCCUGCUGAACUGUGUGACCCUGGGCAUGUACCAGCCCUGCGACGACAUGGACUGUCUGUCAGACCGAUGCAAGAUCUUACAGGUCUUUGAUGACUUCAUCUUCAUCUUCUUUGCCAUGGAGAUGGUGCUCAAGAUGGUGGCCCUGGGCAUUUUUGGCAAGAAGUGCUACCUCGGGGACACGUGGAACCGCCUGGAUUUCUUCAUCGUCAUGGCAGGGAUGGUCGAGUACUCCCUGGACCUUCAGAACAUCAACCUGUCGGCCAUCCGCACUGUGCGUGUCCUGAGACCCCUCAAAGCCAUCAACCGAGUGCCCAGCAUGCGGAUUCUGGUGAACCUGCUCCUGGACACACUGCCCAUGUUGGGGAACGUCCUCCUGCUCUGCUUCUUCGUCUUCUUCAUCUUCGGCAUCAUCGGCGUGCAGCUCUGGGCGGGCUUGCUACGUAACCGCUGCUUCCUGGGGGAGAACGUCACCAUACAAGGAGAUGUGGCACUGCCCCCUUACUACCAGCCAGAGGAGGAUGAUGAAAUGCCUUUCAUUUGCUCCCUGUCAGGGGACAAUGGCAUUAUGGGCUGCCACGAGAUCCCCCCGCUUAAAGAGCAGGGCCGAGAGUGCUGCCUGUCCAAAGAUGACAUCUACGACUUUGGGGCAGGCCGCCAGGACCUCAAUGCCAGCGGCCUCUGUGUCAACUGGAACCGUUACUACAACGUGUGCCGCACGGGCAGUGCCAACCCUCACAAAGGCGCCAUCAACUUCGACAACAUAGGCUACGCCUGGAUCGUCAUCUUCCAGGUGAUCACGCUGGAAGGCUGGGUGGAGAUUAUGUACUAUGUGAUGGACGCACACUCCUUCUAUAACUUCAUCUACUUCAUUCUGCUCAUCAUAGUGGGCUCCUUCUUCAUGAUCAACCUGUGCCUCGUUGUCAUAGCGACCCAGUUCUCGGAGACCAAGCAGCGGGAGCACCGGCUGAUGCUGGAGCAGCGGCAGCGCUACCUGUCCUCCAGCACGGUGGCCAGCUACGCCGAGCCGGGCGACUGCUAUGAGGAGAUCUUCCAGUAUGUCUGUCACAUCCUGCGCAAGGCCAAGCGCCGGGCCCUGGGCCUCUACCAGGCCGUGCAGAGCCGGCGCCAGGCCCCGGGGGCGCCUGCGCCCACCAAGCCGGGGCCCCAUGCCAAGGAGCCCCGCCACUACAAGUUGUGCCCGAGACACAGUCCCCAGGACCCUACUCCCCACACGCUGGUGCAGCCCAUCUCUGCCAUGCUGGCCUCGGAUUCAGCCUGCUGCCCCCGCUGCCAGCAUGAGGCUGGCCGGCGGCCCUCGGACCUGGGCAGCCCCGACUCGGGUCAGGAAGGCUCGGGGUCCCGGGGCUCGGAGGAGGCGGAAGGGGACGGAGGCCGGAGCAGCGACGGGGCCUCCUCGGGGCCGGGCAAGGAGGACGAGGAUGAGCAGGCGGACGGGGCGGCCCGGCUGUGCGGGGACGUGUGGAGGGAGAUGCGUGCCAAGCUGCGGGGCAUCGUGGACAGCAAGUACUUCAACCGGGGCAUCAUGAUGGCCAUCCUGGUGAACACCAUCAGCAUGGGCAUCGAGCACCACGAGCAGCCCGAGGAGCUGACCAACGUUCUGGAGAUCUGCAACGUGGUGUUCACCAGCAUGUUUGCCCUGGAGAUGAUCCUGAAGCUGGCUGCCUUCGGCCUCUUCGACUACCUGCGAAAUCCCUACAACAUCUUCGACAGCAUCAUCGUCAUCAUCAGCAUCUGGGAGAUCGUGGGGCAGGCGGACGGCGGGCUGUCGGUGCUGCGGACGUUCCGGCUGCUGCGGGUGCUGAAGCUGGUCCGCUUCAUGCCCGCGCUGCGGCGCCAGCUGGUGGUCCUCAUGAAGACCAUGGACAACGUGGCCACCUUCUGCAUGCUGCUCAUGCUCUUCAUCUUCAUCUUCAGCAUCCUCGGAAUGCACAUCUUUGGCUGUAAGUUCAGCCUCCGCACGGACACGGGGGACACAGUCCCCGACAGGAAGAACUUCGACUCUCUGCUGUGGGCCAUCGUGACGGUGUUUCAGAUCCUCACCCAGGAAGACUGGAAUGUUGUCCUUUACAAUGGCAUGGCUUCCACCUCCCCCUGGGCCUCCCUCUACUUUGUUGCCCUCAUGACCUUUGGCAACUACGUGCUCUUCAAUCUGCUGGUGGCCAUCCUGGUGGAGGGCUUCCAGGCGGAGGGUGAUGCCAAUCGCUCCUAUUCAGAUGAUGAGCAGAGCUCAUCCAACCUGGAGGAGGAGUUUGACAAGCUGCAGGAGGGCCUCAGCAGUGCGGGAGACCUCAAGCUCUGUCCAGUCCCCAUGACCCCCAACGGGCACCUGGACCCCACUCUCCCACUGUGUGGCCACCUGGGCUCCACUGGGGGCACGGCCCCCACCCCUCGCCUCUCCCUGCAGCCAGACCCCAUGCUGGUGGCCCUGGGCUCCCGCAAGAGCAGUGUCAUGUCUCUGGGGAGGAUGAGCUACGACCAGCGCUCCCUGUCCAGCUCCAGGAGCUCCUACCACGGGCCAUGGGGCCGCAGCGGGGCCUGGGCCAGCCGCCGCUCCAGCUGGAACAGCCUCAAGCACAAACCGCCGUCGGCUGAGCAUGAGUCCCUGCUCUCAGCCGAGCGAGGUGGAGGCACCGGGCCCUGUGAGGCCAUCCGGGACGAGGGUCCACCGCGCCCCGCCCCGCUGCACGCCCCGCACGCGCACCACGUGCAUCACGGGCCCCACGGGCUGCACCGCCACCGCCACCACCGCAGGACGCUCUCCCUGGACACCAGGGACUCCGUGGACCUGGCUGAACUGGGGCCCGUGGGGGGCACCCACCCCCGGGCAGCAUGGAGGGCGGUGGGCUCGGCCCCGGGACACGAGGACUGCAAUGGCAGGAUGCCCAGCAUAGCCAAAGACGUCUUCACCAAGAUGAAUGACCGUCAGGAUCGCGGGGAGGACGAGGAGGAGAUAGACUAUACUCUGUGCUUCCGUGUCCGAAAGAUGAUUGACGCUUACAAGCCCGACUGGUGCGAGGUCAGAGAGGACUGGUCCGUCUAUCUCUUCUCCCCUGAGAACAGGUUCCGGGUCCUGUGCCAGACCAUCAUCGCGCACAAGCUCUUUGACUAUGUGGUCCUGGCCUUCAUCUUCCUCAACUGCAUCACUAUUGCCCUGGAGCGGCCCCAGAUAGAGGCGGGCAGCACAGAACGCAUCUUCCUCACCGUGUCCAACUACAUCUUCACAGCCAUCUUCGUGGGCGAGAUGACACUGAAGGUGGUCUCCCUGGGCCUGUACUUCGGGGAACAGGCGUACCUGCGCAGCAGCUGGAACGUACUGGACGGCUUCCUCGUCUUUGUGUCCAUCAUCGACAUCGUGGUGUCUGUAGCCUCGGCCGGGGGAGCCAAGAUCUUGGGGGUCCUCCGGGUCCUGAGGCUCCUGCGUACCUUGCGCCCCCUGAGGGUCAUCAGCCGGGCGCCUGGCCUCAAGCUGGUGGUGGAGACGCUUAUCUCCUCUCUUAAGCCCAUUGGCAACAUCGUCCUCAUCUGCUGUGCCUUCUUCAUCAUCUUCGGCAUCCUGGGGGUGCAGCUCUUCAAGGGCAAGUUCUACCACUGCCUCGGCGUGGACACCCGCAACAUCACCAACCGCUCUGACUGCGUGGCCGCCAACUACCGCUGGGUCCAUCACAAAUACAACUUUGACAACUUGGGCCAGGCCCUGAUGUCCCUCUUUGUCCUGGCCUCCAAGGAUGGCUGGGUGAACAUCAUGUACAAUGGACUGGACGCUGUGGCUGUGGACCAGCAGCCCGUGACCAACCACAACCCCUGGAUGCUGCUGUACUUCAUCUCCUUCCUGCUCAUCGUCAGCUUCUUCGUGCUCAACAUGUUCGUGGGCGUGGUGGUGGAGAAUUUCCACAAGUGCCGGCAGCACCAGGAGGCCGAGGAGGCUCGAAGGCGCGAGGAGAAGAGGCUGCGGCGCCUGGAGAAGAAGCGCCGAAAGGCCCAGCGGCUUCCCUACUACGCCACCUACUGCCCCACCCGGCUGCUCAUCCACUCCAUGUGUACCAGCCACUACCUGGACAUCUUCAUCACCUUCAUCAUCUGCCUCAACGUGGUCACCAUGUCCCUGGAGCACUACAACCAGCCCACGUCCCUGGAGACAGCCCUCAAGUACUGCAACUACCUGUUCACCACUGUGUUUGUGCUGGAGGCUGUGCUGAAGCUGGUGGCGUUUGGCUUGAGGCGCUUCUUCAAGGAUCGGUGGAACCAGCUGGACCUGGCCAUUGUGCUGCUGUCGGUGAUGGGCAUCACGCUGGAGGAGAUCGAGAUCAACGCGGCGCUGCCCAUCAACCCUACCAUCAUCCGCAUCAUGCGGGUCCUGCGUAUCGCCCGGGUGCUGAAGCUGUUGAAGAUGGCCACAGGGAUGCGGGCUUUGCUGGACACGGUGGUGCAGGCUCUGCCCCAGGUCGGCAACCUGGGCCUCCUGUUCAUGCUGCUUUUCUUCAUUUACGCCGCGCUGGGCGUCGAGCUCUUUGGGAAGCUGAUCUGUAAUGACGAGAACCCGUGUGAAGGCAUGAGCCGGCACGCCACCUUCGAGAACUUCGGCAUGGCCUUCCUCACGCUCUUCCAGGUCUCCACUGGCGACAACUGGAACGGCAUCAUGAAGGACACGCUCCGGGACUGCACCCACGACGAGCGGAGCUGCCUGAGCAGCCUGCAGUUCGUGUCCCCCCUGUACUUCGUCAGCUUUGUGCUCACGGCCCAGUUCGUGCUGAUCAACGUGGUGGUGGCCGUGCUCAUGAAGCACCUGGACGACAGCAACAAGGAGGCGCAGGAGGACGCCGAGAUGGACGCGGAGAUUGAGCUGGAGAUGUCCCAUGGCCUGGGCCCCGGGCCACGGCCACCUGCCAGCUCCCCGGGGGCGCCCGGGCCCGGGCCUGGUGGGGGUGACCCUGACGGCCGCCUGCACCGCUGCUGCUACUCUCCAGCCCAGGAGAACCUGUGGCUGGACAGCGUCUCUUUAAUCAUCAAGGACUCCUUGGAGGGCGAGCUGACCAUCAUCGACAACCUGUCCGGGUCCGUCUUCCAUCACUACUCGUCGACGGCCAGCUGUGAGAAGUGCCAUCAUGAUAAGCAGGAGGUGCAGCUGGCAGAGACGGAGGCCUUCUCCCUGAACUCCGACCGGUCCUCAUCCAUCCUGCUGGGGGAUGACCUGAGUCUGGAGGACCUCACAGCCUGCCCUCCUGGGCGCAAAGACAGCAAGGCUGAGCCGGACCCUCCUGAGCCCAUCCGCACGGGGGACCUGGCUGAAUGCUUCAUCCCCUUGUCCAACAUGGCCGUGUCGUCGGGCCCAGAGAACUACCUUUGUGAGAUGGAGACGAUCCCGUUCAACCCUGUCCGGUCCUGGCUGAAACACGAGAGCAGCCAAGCGGUGCCCCCGAGUCCCUUCUCCCCGGACGACUCCAGCCCGCUCCUGCCCAUGCCAGCAGAGUUCUUUCACCCAGCGGGAUCUGCUGGCCAGAAGGGGCAAGAGAAGGUGGCUGGCCCCGGGACGCUCCCCAAGAUCGCUCUGCAGGGCUCCUGGGCCUCCCUGCGUUCUCCUAGCGUCAACUGCACCCUCCUCCGGCAGACCACAGAGAGCGACACGUCCCUGGACGCCAGCCCCAGCAGCUCGGCGGGCAGCCUGCAGACCACUUUGGAGGACAGCCUGACCCUGAGUGACAGCCCCCGGCGUGCCCUGGGGCCGCCGGUGCCCAUCCCGGGCCCCCGGGCUGGCCUGUCCCCCGCUGCCCGCCGCCGCCUCAGCCUGCGGGGCCGUGGCUUGUUCAGUCUGCGGGGGCUCCGAGCUCAUCAGCGCAGUCACAGCAGCGGGGGUUCAACCAGCCCUGGCUGCACCCACCACGACUCCAUGGACCCCUCGGAUGAAGAGGGUGGCCGGGCGGGCGUGGGUGGCGGGGGCGCGGGCAGUGAGCACUCCGAGACCCUCAGCAGCCUGUCGCUGACCUCGCUCUUCUGCCCCCCGCCCCUGCCGCCCCCUGGCCUGACCCCUCCCAGGAAGUUCAGCAGCACCAGCAGCCUGGCUGUGGGCCCUGGCCUCCCCGCUGGCCUGCCCCGGGGCCUGGCCCGGAGCCCCUCCUGGGCUGCAGAGCGCAGCAAGGACCCCCCAGGCCCGGUCCAGCCCACUGGCCUGGGCCCCACGGAGCCUGAGCCUCAGCCUCCCCCAGGAGAGCUGGAGCGGGGGGAUUCGGCUAGCAAGAGGAAGAGAUGAGGGGGCUGCGGGGCUGGCCGCCACCGCCCGCCCGCCCCGUCUCACUGCUUUAACCUCAGGAGCCAGGGAGCAGACAGCAAUACUUGGUCCACAUCUGGGGAUCUCGUGGGGCCAGCCGGCCGCCAGGCCAUCGGCGGAGAGUUGAGGAGGGCCUGGGUCAGCCAAAGCCCAGUGUGGCCCAGCCGUGGCCCAGCGUGGCCCUGCUGUGCAUAUACAUACGUAUAUAUAUAUGUAUACAUAUAUAUAUAUA